AUGCCCAACCAAACGGCCAAGAUCGCCGAAGCCCGGAUGGCGGUGGAGCAGCUGAAGCUGGAGGUCCACAUCGACCGGAUGCAGGUCUCGAAAGCGGCAGCCGAACUUCUCGCCUACUGUGAGGAGCACGCCAAAGACGAUCCUCUGGUCACUCCCGUCCCCAACUCAAGCAAUCCGUUCCGGGACAAGAGCAUGUGUACCGUCCUCUGA